AUGAGAUGCACUUUGCAGGAAAAAAAUUCUGCAACACCUAUAAGGUGGGACACUACAUGCGAUGCUCAGAUCCUUAGUUACGUGGAUGAAGACGACAUAAAAACCUUUCACUCAUUAUCACUAGUUAAUAGAACAUGGUGUCAACUCGCGAUUCGAUAUUUAUGGAAAAAACCGUUCAGCAUUAAAAAAGGUUCACCGAAAAAUCUUUACAAGAUCAUUCCAAUCAUUUUAUCAUACCUCGAUGAACAACAAACAUCCGUCCUUAAAAUACAAAAAACAAAAGUUAGAACUAGAAGCUCGAAGAAUUAUAUGACACCGCCAUCAAUUAAUUACCCCUCAUAUAUAAGACAAUUAGACUUUAAUAAAUUAUUUUCAUUAAUAACGGAAUGGAUAAAUAAAUCACAUAGACCAAAAUUUAAAAAAAACUAUUUUAUUAAGAAUAGUGACAAGUUUACUUUUGAUUUUUCAAUUUUCGAAGAAGAUGAAGAAUAUGAAUUAAAUUUUAGUUAUGAUCGUUUUAUUGAACGAUGUUGUUUGAAAGAUCAAGAAAAGUUGGCCUUUUUCGAAUACAUUUUUAAGAUCAUUAUAGCGAAAAGUAAGGGGAUCGAAAAGCUCUUUGUUGAAAUUUAUCAUGAAGAUAAUGAAAUACCUUACACGAUACCCAAAGAUUUCUUUGGAUAUAUUUUUAGGUUAAAAGAUGUCGCGAGAUGUUUUUCGGGAUUAUCGGAAUUCACAUGCGAAGGGAAUUUUCAUAAGGCAUCAUUAAUUAACGAGAUUAAAAAGUAUUCUCACGAGAUUAAAAAAUUAAACAUUUGUCCUUGGGAUAGAAAUUAUGUUAAUGAUUUAAAACCAAAGAAAGAUUUAAAAGAAUUAUUAAAAGUACAAAAAAAUCUUAAAUCAUUCUCAUUUUCAGUUGAUUCGGAUAUUGAAAAUAAUAUUAUAGAGUGUAUACAAGGAAUGGUGGUGAAUACUUUAGAAUCUUUUCAAAUGCAACUUGGAGAAAUUACAAAUAAUGAAUUAAAACAUUUAACAAAAUGUAAAAAUAUGAGGAAACUCUCUUUUGAUAGAGUUUAUUUUGAUGAACCAAUUAAUGCUUUAGGUAAAAUCAUUUAUCCCGAACUUGAGGAAUUAAUAUUUUUUAAUUGUGUAUUUUUGAAUCAAUCUAUAGAUAUGUUGAAAGAAUUUUUUAAGAAGAAUGGAAAUAAUUUAAAAAUUGUUCAAUUAAAUCAAAAUAAUUCGGAUAUUCCUGGUAUACUUGAUUAUAUAUCAAAAUAUUGUUCCAAUCUAAAUGAUCUCUGUGUAAAUAUUGAUAAUCAAUCUGAUGUUGAUUCACUUUUUAAGAUUUUACAAUCCAAGAAUAAUUUAAGAUUACUUAACGUUGGGUAUUGUAAUAAUGAUAAACCAAAAUUUAAGGCUAAUGAAUUUAUGAAAGAAUUCACCGAAAUUUUUUCCACAACGAAAAUUGUAAAGUUGGAUAUCAGUAAUUGGGAAAUCUCUCUUGAUAUCUUUAAGAAUUUCUUUGAAAGAUCCGGAGAAUUCUUAAAAGUUUUUGAGGGUUCUUGUAUCGGAGACAAGAAAGAAUUGGAAGAUGUAAUUCAAUCAACCUCAGAAUUACAUAAUAGAAUUUUGAAAAGUUUUGUGGUCAUAGAAAAUGGUGAAUUCAAAAAUGUUAAGAUCGUGUGGAAAUAA